UUAGAUGAAAACUUGCUUAAGCAAAGGUAAUUGCUACAACCCUUCUCAAGUAGCUCUUGCCAAAAGAGAAGUACCUGUAAUUUAGUUCAGACCUUUGUAAGUCACUGAACAUGCAGUUGUUCACUGGUUUUUCACUUCUUCAGAGCUGGUUCCUGAAAUAUUUUUUGAUUCCUUAUUUUACAACCAGGAAAAUUGAUCUUCAUCUGGGUGACACAGAACCUUUAAGAAUCUGGCUGCUUCAUUUUGUGGUGAUCUGGACAUUUAAUUUGGGGAAGAUUUUCCAGAAAUUGGGCAUCUGUAGUCAAAUCAACUUUGUAAGAUUUGCAAUGAAAUUAGUGCCACAGGCGAAGGACCCAAAGCUCUACAUUAUAGAUACGACGUUUGAAAAUGUACCAGUAAGGAUUUACCAGCCCAAAAAGACAAAUCCUGGCCUAAGAAAAGGAGUGCUCUUCAUGCAUGGAGGAUGUGGCAUAUUUGGAUGCAAAAAAACGUAUGGUGAACUAUGCAGCUAUCUUUCUCGAGAAAGUGAUACAGUGGUAGUAUUUGUAGAGUAUCGUUUAGGUCCUGAACACCAACAUCCUGCCCAGCUAUCAGAUGGCCUAAGUACCACCCUGUAUUUUAUGAAACAUGCCAAAGACUAUGGAGUCGAUCCAAAUCACAUUCUUCUUGCUGGAGAUAGCAGCGGUGGAACACUGGUUGCUGUGGUUUGUCAAGAAUUGACCAAAAUAGAGAACCAGCCAAAAAUCCGAGCACAGAUCUUGAUAUAUCCUUUCCUGCAGAGAAUGGAUCUCAUGCUACCAUCCUAUCUUCAAAACCAACAUGGUCCUUUUCUAACCAAAAAGCGGGCUUUAAGCCUUGCUUUAAAAUUUGUUAACCAGGAAUGUGUAGACAAAGAAAAAAUGGGAAGGAAUGGCCAUGUUCCUGAAGACAUGAAGCAGAAAUUCAAGAAAUGGAUUAGUGCAGAUCUUAUCCCCAGCGAGUUUAAGGUCCGAGGUUAUAAUCCCCCAAUGCCAGCUCCAUUUUCAAAAGAACUGUAUGCAGCAACUCGACUGAAUGAUAACACAAUGCAGUCACCAAUUAUCAGUGAGGAUGACAUUGUAAAGCAACUUCCGGAGACAUACAUUUUGACCUGUGAAUAUGACUUACUUCGGGACGAUGGGCUGCUCUACAAAAAACGACUAGAGGACAAUGGAGUGCCUGUGACUUGGAAUCAUCUACAAGAGGGAUUCCACGGAUUUAUACCAUUUAUCAACAGUGGAGUUUUUGAAUUUUCAUUUACAAAAUCAGCAGUUGGAAACAUAGUUUCCUUUAUUAAGGGGCUCUAAAAUGGGGACAGGAAAGUAUCCUGAAGUCACCCAUUUGUACUUAGAUAAGGAAUAAUUAAAAUAUAUUCCUUAAAGCUUUCAUUUCUAUGACAACUUCAUGAUUCACUGUAAAAUCCUUUAUAAAAUACAUUUCCUAGUCAUUGAAUCCAAAGAA